CUCGGGGUUACAUGUCAGCAUUCUUAAUGCUCAGUUUGUCUGUCUACUCUGGCUAAUGAGGCAUAAAGUGGACUCGGUUGAGCUGCUGGCUCCAGCGGUGGUAAAAGGGAAAAACGGAGGAUCUGUGAUGAUCUCGUGCAAAUACAAUCCUGUCUACAGAAACAACACAAAGUAUUGGUGUAAGGGAAAGAUGUAUGAGCUGUGUAAAAUAGUGGUGAAAACACCCAGGAACCGACCCAACCAGAGAAUCACCAUCGCUGAUGAUAAGGAUGCAGGGGUCAUCAUUGUGACUAUGACCUCGCUCACAAAAAAUGAUGCGGGCCAGUACUGGUGUGUCAUCUCAACUUCUGGGAGGAACGUCCACGCUGGUGUCAAGCUGCUGAUCUCCCGCGCUGGAAUCCCAACAGUGACACCUAUCACCACUGCAGCAACCAAUUCCACACUCAUACACAGUGAUACGUGGUGA